AUGGCUUCGUCUGAGGGUAAUCCAGCUGACCCAUCCUCCAAUCUCAACAAAGAGCUCGUUGUGGAUUCCAAAAAACCCGAUCCAGCAAAUAAAUCCCUCGAAACCCUUCCUUCCUCUGUCUACUCCCCCAGUCCCCAACCAGUAGACCAAGCCACACAGCACACAGACCCCACAUCCGGCAGUGAGCCCAGUCAGAUCACCAAAGACGUGCCCUUGAUCCCCACGGUAGGGGAAAUAAUUGCUACAUGCGACACAGAGGACACUGUUGUACUGACCGAACUCGACCAACGCUUACGCCAUCAUGGUUCCAGUGAGAACGAGAGACGGGAAGCAGUCUUGCAGUUGCAGAAGUGGAGGAAAGACGCGAGAGAACAGGAGGCAAGGAGGAUGGAAGAGGGUGACGAUAUGUAG